AUGGCGCGCCGAAACCGGAAGUAUCCAUCUGUGGUAUCGUCCACCACCACGUCGGCGGUAUCCUCGCGUAUGCCUUCUGCGGCUCCCUCAGCGGCACCUUCAACAGUACCUUCGCGCGCGCCAUCGCCGACACCUCCAACGCCGGCAGAGCCAUUCAGGUUCUUCGAUCUGCCCUCUGAGUUAAGAAUCAAGGUAUACGAGAUGCUACUGUGGACCUCAAAGCCACUGGAUCUUGAUCCAGUCAACUACCGCCUAGUCCAUCCCCGCCUUGCCGUCUUCCUUGCCAGCCGCCGCAUGCACGACGAAGCAUACCCCGUCUUCUACUCCCAGCCGAUCCGCCUUUUCCCGACCCACGGCCGCUUUUUCCAUACAAAACAACCGCUCCUCGCCCGCCUGCCACCACAUUAUCGCGCCGCGGUCACCACGCUUGAACUCCGCCUUGGCCCAGGCUGGAGCAACCCACCACGCUGUCAGAACACCAGGCCUUCUCUUGGCCUCGCAGACUGCACGAGUCUCCGCACGCUCAAGAUAUUUGUGGAAUGCGAUCCAUCCGAUAGCAUCUUUACAGGCUUCCGAGGCAAGAAUGCUACCGAGGAGACGUACAAGUGGUUUUGCGUAGACCUGCUGCGCGGGAUUAUUGAGCAGGCGCGGAGCUUGGCGACGGUCGAGAUUGAUGCAUAUCCGGCCGUAAAGAAGGAGGCGCCGCUUGUUAUGGCUUUGCGUAGAAACAUCGAAGAGAACGGCAAGAGGCUGGUGUGGGGUCCACUGAGAGGUUGGGAGAAGGAGGGCGAUGAGCCUGGUUUGAUUGGGUUGGAGAAGGCACUGGCAGGGAUGGGCCUUGGAGAUGGCGGCAUGAGCAGGGUGAUUGAAGUCACGGCGUAG